AAUUGCGAUUCGCGCGCGAAUCUUCCUCCUCGCUAGUCGGAUAUAUAAAAGGCCUCGCAUUUGUCCUUGAGAUGUUUUUAGUGCUCGCUGGUGCGGCACUUUAACGUGUCUAACCGGUUUCACGUGCGUGAGUUUCCUGUUCGCAUUAAACUCGACAGUAUAAACUGUUCUCUUCAAUAGAAACAUCAUGAAACGUUUGUUCGUUAUCCUCCUAAGCAUCGUUGUUGCACUCGCCGACGAUGGCGAACAACACGAGGUCGCCGCCCCGAUUGGAAAAAUUCGCGGUUCCACCAUGACCACCAGACUUGGCAAGAAAAUCUAUUCCUUCCGCGGCGUGAGGUACGCCGAACCGCCGACCGGACAGCAACGUUUUCAAGUCGCAAUUCCAGCGGCAGAUUGGAACAACGUUUUCGAUGCGACCGAAGAAGGACCUUCUUGUACAGCACUACAUCAAGAGAAUAUAAUAGAGGAUUGUCUCCGUGUGAAUAUCUACACAACGAAAUUACCAUCGGAGAGCGAUCCCGUGAAGAGACCCGUACUGGUGUUCUUUCAUCCCGGUGCUUUUUACUUAUUCUCGGGUAAAAGCUCUAACUUCGGACCUCAGUACUUGAUGGACAAAGACAUCGUUCUCGUCACCGUCAAUUAUCGUCUCGCGGCUCUAGGCUUUCUGAGCACCGGCGACUCGAAGGCGCCGGGCAAUUUGGGCCUGAAGGAUCAAGUAGCGGCGCUUCGAUGGGUCCAGAGGAACAUAGCCGCAUUCGGCGGCGACCCCGACCAAGUCACUAUAUCCGGCUACAGCGUCGGUGGGAUAAGUGUGCUGUUGCACAUGGUCUCGCCGAUGUCCAAGGGAUUGUUCCAUCGGGCGAUCAUGAUGAGCGGUUCGACGAUCCUAGAACCGUAUCCGAACGAUCAGUUAUACUUGGCGAAGAAACAAGCCGAACUGUUGGAUUGCCCAACCGACACUACUGGCUCUAUGCUGAUCUGCUUGAAUUCCAAACCAGUGGAGAACUUCACAGAGUCUAUAAUCAAGUUCUUUGAGUGGAACUAUCAUCCAAUCUUAAUAUGGACACCCGUAGUAGAACCUGAGGUUCACGACGUAGAAAGAUUUUUACCCGAGCAGCCUUAUGAUCUUAUUAGAAAAGGAAAGUUCCACAAAGUUCCGCUAAUUGCAGGAGUUACUGAAAAUGAGUUUGAUGGCGUGGUUGCCUUUGUUAACGAGCAACACGAACUCGGAAAUGAUUCGCUAGUGAACGACUUGAAUAAUGACUGGUACAGACUCGCACCGAUUAAUUUUAUGUACGAACGGGAUACACCUCGGUCCAGAAACAUAAGUACCGAAUUACGACGUUUUUACUUCGGCGACAAACCAAUCAGUCCAGAUACUUAUGACGGUCUUGCACAUAUCAACACAGACAGUAUAGUUACGUAUCCUCUGUAUCGUACUGUAAAAUUGAUCGCAGAAAAUAGCGAUCAACCCGUUUACUUUUAUAUGAAUUCUUAUCGAGGACGAUACAGUUUUGUCAUGUGGAACAAAACUACACCAUAUGGAGUGGCGCAUCAUGACGAUUUGCAAUAUCUGUUCUAUAUGAAAAUCAAAUUUCCAUUUUUCGAAAACGAUGCUCCGGAAAUUCCUAUGGUGGAACUUAUGACAAACAUGUGGUCGAAUUUCGCUCAAACCGGACAACCAGUGUCUCCAGCUUUGGCAAAAAACGUUACAUGGGAGCCAUAUCUAUUAGAAAAGGAUAACUAUCUAGAAAUCUCCGAGGAAUCAAAAAUGAAGACAGGAUUUUUCCCCGAUAGAAUGCAAAAAUGGGAUAGUUUAUUUCCUUUGAAUCCUUUGAAAUAGAAAUUGAUUUAUGUAACACCUUUUAAAAAGAUUUUUAGAAAAUACGUCAAGAACUCUUCAAAAAUGACACAUUUACAUUAA